AUGCUUUCAUCCCUUGCUGUGAGCCCACAACAGAAGGAAGCCAUUGAGAGAGCCACAGUUGGGCAAACUAAGAAUGCCUUAUGGAUGGCAUAUCGCAGGAAGAGAAUAACAGCCAGCAACUUUGGUCUUGUGUUGGCAGCAGUGAAGAGGAACUCUUACCCUCCUUCAUUAUUCAAAACCCUGCUUGGUCAUUACAAUCUCAAGCAGGGAGCUCAUGCUUGUGAUUGGGGAAUCGUGCAUGAGCAAAAGGCAAAAGAAGAGUAUAUGAAGCGCACUGGUGUGACCUUCCAGGAGAGCGGCGUGUUUCUCUCUGACAGUGGCCUGCUUGGUGGCUCCCCAGAUGGGCUAGUAUCUGAUGACUGCAUCAUUGAGGUCACUGGCGAAGGUUGUGACUCCAUUGGGGGCCACACCAAUCAGAGCCUUAAGUGUGUUGAGAUGGUUGUGGGGAUUGAGGUAUGGUGUGGGUGUUGGGGGAUGGUGGGGUUGUAUUAUUGUAAGGUGGUGGUGGUGAGUAGAUGGAAGAGGGGGGGGGGGUGUGGGGAUGGGGGAGGUGUAGAAGGAAUGGGAUGUGUUUUGGGAGGGGAUAAGGGAGAAGGGAGUGGGGUGGAGGGGGGGUUUGAGGGGGGUGAAUUUGUAGAGGUUUAG